GCUGCCGGAGUGUUCAGUGUACCGCUCCAAUCGGGUUCGAAUCGAAAACGCUCGUACGCAAGUGUGGAUCGCAUUUUGAACUUUCCGCUUCUGUUUUAAGUGACUUGGGAAGUGCGGUUUCAUUCAUUUUCCGCGAGGAUCUCGAGAUAAUGAAUAAACACAGCCAUACGCCAUAUGUAUCAUGAGGUCAACUUGAAGAGUGGGCUACUAGAACAUGUCACAUACUGAGUCAUUCAUAAAAUUAGACUGCCAACUGUAAAUCUCAAGACACCUAAGAUAAAAACGCUGGGUGUAAAUGAAUGUCUGGCUAUCGCCUUCUCGUGCCUUCUUUCGAAACAUACCUAGUGUACCAUCAGCAUGGCUGGAGGGCGGACCCCGUAUUGGUGACUUGAAAAAAUGAACUGUAGUGAUCACUAUCAAGAUCUGUUACUGUAUCUGGAACAGACCGAGAAUGAGAUAACCCAGGCAUUCGAGAGGGGCGCUCAGAGAUAUCCCCCCGAGCCCCCUAAGAGGUGCAGGCAGCCGAAGAACAACGCCUCUGAAAAAACAGACAUCGAGGACAUCGACCUCGAAAUCCUCAUCCAACUAAACGAAACAAUCAAGUCGGAUAUAUCGGAAUUGCUGGCUAAAAAUGAACUUAAUGACAGCAACGUUACCAGCUAUCAGUACUACAAUAAUAACAUUGACAGCAAUAUCAAUGGUUUUCCUUACAUAAAUGGCAAUAAGCUGUACGAAGAUGGACACUUCGACGAUAAGCAUCUCUUUGAGUCUGACUUAUUGUCGGACACAAUAGGCUCGGACUCGUUGCUUGGGAAUUCUAUAACCCUAAGCGAACAUAACGCAAUAAAUGCGGCCACGCAAACAUCACCAUCCCUUUCCCCAAGUUCCACAAACCUAACGUGGAACUCAGAAUGCUCGUCAUCUCCCUGUCUAACGUCCACGUCAGACAGCGACCUCCUAGACGAAGAUGCCCAGUCGACGUCUUCCACAGACGGCAGAGACCACCUACUGAUCACCGCCUGGACCCCGAAACAAAGAUGGCAGCAAGUUUUGGGCACGAAAUCAUCAUCGGCACCUAUUCUGAAAAGAGGUGCCAACAAAGUGAACAAGCAGUCUCGUUCGCAGUCCGACAGACACCUGGCCGAAAUCGAGGCUGCCGAGGCUUGCAAGUGGUUACGCGCGACAGGAUUUCCGCAAUAUGCCCAGCUGUACGAAGAUAUGCAAUUCCCCAUCGACGUAUCGACGGCCGCUCAAGAUCACCCGCUUUUAGAACCCGACGUGCUUCAUUCCCUUUAUCGCCGCCUGCAGAUCCUAAAUAGCUGCGCCCAUCUCCACCAACAAAGGGUGACACACACGGAUGAGUCUGAAGAUGAGUAUUGCGCGCUGUCCGACAAUUGGACAUAUCAAACGGACAUCAGAAGGUGGUCCAGAACAUGUAACAAGAUGCCUUCCCAAAAUCUCGAAGAUACCUCCAAGCGGUUGGAGAGCGUCGAUCAGGACGACGUUUUCGAAAAAUGCACGGACAGUCCUAAGGAGAGGCUGCGUAGAGCUGGUAGCACCAAGUUCCGGCGACGCAGGGAAGGUGUACUGUUUAGUGAUAGGGACAAUGUGCUAGAUUCGCUUACGCGACAGUUAAGUGACUUAAAAUCCUGUGAUGUUAACCACGUGUCGGAUUCGGAGAUCACCCCAAAACACACCAGGAGGGCCAGGACUAAAUCAUUCGACAAAACUGAUACGUGGUCGCAUCCCCACACCACCACCGAUCGGGUAAUAUGGCAUAAAUUACCGGAAAAAGAAAUAGAAGCGCCAGAAAGGGACAUACCACCAGAUACCACCGGACCGUUGUUGUCCCAUCUGUCAUCCACGCAAUUACAAGUACUUAAGAAGUUAGCUUUACUUAAGUUAACAGCACACAUGGAAAAGUACUGUCCCUCGCAUAGAACCGGAUGGAAUUGGGACUUGCCAAAAUUCAUCCGAAAAAUUAAAUCCCCGGUCUACAAAGAUAAGAACGUGUUUGGCGUACCCCUUACGAUAACGUUUCAAAGAACAGGGCAAGUCCUACCUAGGAAUAUCGAGGAGGCCAUGAGAUGGCUUCAGCAAAAUGCGGCAGAUCAAGUAGGCAUUUUUCGAAAACCGGGCGUUAAAUCAAGGAUACAGGCGUUGCGGAACAUGGUAGAGUCGAACGUAGGUGUCGAUUACACAGACCAACAAUGUUAUGACGUAGCCGAUAUGGUGAAACAAUAUUUCCGAGAAUUGCCUGAAACCCUGCUCACCAACAAACUGUCGGAAACUUUCAUACUCAUUUUCCAAUAUGUCCCCCCUUACCUACGUCGGGAGUCCGUUCUGUGUGCUCUUUUAUUAAUGCCAGAUGAGCACAUCGAAGUGUUGCAAGUUUUACUGCAUUUUUUACUGGCCAUCUCCAAGCAUUCGCAAGUUAAUCAGAUGAAUGAGAGCAACUUGGCCAUGUGUUUUGCACCAUCUUUAUUCCAUUACUCUCAAGCAUAUAAGCAGAAUCUCGGAUCUCCUCAUCCAAAAGAAUUGGCUGAAAACAAGGCUGGACAUGAAUGCCUGCUCUACUUUAUGAAGAACUUCAACAGUCUGUUCAGGAUUCCCCAAGAGUUCCUCAACCAAUGUAAGUCAAGCGAAAUAAAGGACACCAAAGCCAAACUACUGACAGAUCUGGGCAAAGAACUAGGAGGUUGGAAAGACUACUUAAACGAAUGCCAAACAAACCUCUUAAAGGAAGCGAGAGAAAAAUGCCGUGGGUGGAUCCCAGUAUCUUCUCACAAUCAAAAAGUCGAAAUAUUUUACAAGAAAGUAGCUGAUGGGUUACCACUUCGUCUAUGGAAAGUUUCAGCUGAAGUAGAAGCACCACCCUCAGAAGUGUUGCAUCGACUUUUAAGGGAAAGGCAUAUAUGGGACCCCGAUUUACAUUGUGCAAAAAUAGUGUCUCAAUUAGAGAAAAAAGCCGAGAUUUUCCAGUAUGUAAGAAAACGCAUAAUUCCGUUACCAAAUGAAGAAUAUUGCAUAGUGCGUACUUGGAAAACCGACCUUCCCAAAGAUGCCUGUUUAAUAGUGGAAACAUCUGUGGAAUACCCAGAUAUAGUACCGGUUCCAAAUACGGCAAGGGGGGUCAUUUUGGCGUCUAGAUACUUAAUAGAGCCCUGUGGAUCUGGAAAAUCGAGAUUGCUUCACCUAUCUAGAGUCGAUACAAUGGGACGGACUCCAGAAUGGUAUCAGAAAAAUUAUGGACACCUUUGUGCUCUUUUUCUUGGGAAUAUACAAAACUCAUUUUACCAAAACACAGUAGGCCCAGAGAGUAAAGUAUAAAUACCAAAGAUGUACAUAUUUUUUAAUUAUUGUUAUCUAUUUUAUAUAAUCGAAUUAUAGAAAAAAUAUAUUUUUAUAAUAAAAUCGUUAAUAUAAAAAUAAUUUAACUGUAAUCCAGUUCAUGAAUCAAUUUAAAAUUGUUGGUAUGAUAUAUUCGACUAAAAUUCAGUUGCUUUUCCAGUAUAAACUUACAAUUAAUAGCCAUAAACCAUUUACUAAUGACAUAAAUAAAUUUAACAAUGCAUACAAAAUUACUGUUAUAUUGAAUAUAAUGAAGGACAAUAUCAAAAUUUGGAAUUAAUUUAUGUAUACAGUGUGUUGCGAUAUUCAUUUUUAAUGGUUUUAUAUAAAAUCACCCAUACAAAUCAAGUAGUAACUUGCCUUAAACAUGCCUUAUUUAUACACACUGUAUAUCUGUAAAAAGAUUCAGUGAAAUAUUUAAAAAUCACUGUAUAGGUGCAACUACUUGUCACAUGUUAUGCUAGUCAAAAUAUAUAUAUUUUUUAGUUUAAUAAAUAUAUACAUAUAUUUAGAAUUAAAACUUUUAUACUAGUGUAAUAUUGGAUUCUAUUAAACUAACCAAUCACUAAAUACAGGCCAGUAUUGUCACUCUAUUAUUGUACAUUAAUUUCUCGAUUAUAAAAUAUUCUAUAAAAUUGUUGUUCACAUAAAUAAUUUAUAUAUUUUAAAUUAAAAUUGCUAUGCCUAA